AUGGAAGUAUGUGUGAAUACAUGUUGCAAUCAAAUGAAGCUUAUUGUAUGUAUUGAAGAACGGCUCAGAAAACUGUGUUCAAAAGUUAAAAGCGGUUUCAAGGGGAAAUCUGGUUUACAUCAUGUCAACUUUGCAAGCCAAAGUAGAAGUCUUGAAAUUCGAGGCGGGGAAAUUUCGAGAGCAUCUGAUUUGGAAAUCGAGUUGUGCAAGCUUAAUACUGCAAAAGUUGCUCUAGAGAAAGAAAAUGCAGCACUUCAGCAAUGCUGUGAUGACUUGUACAAAAGUUUGGUUCAAGCAGAAGAGCUCAGAAGGAAAACCAAUGAUAGCUUAGAAGGUGCAAAGGUUGACCUAGAAAAGCUUGAAAAGGAGAAUGCCAGCUUGUGGAAGUAUUUUGACAAAAUUUCAGAACUGGAGAGAUUGAAGAACUGCAGCAAAUCGUUUUCUCAAGUUAAAGGAAGACAACAAAGAUGCAAGAUUAGGGAGCUAAAGACAUAUGUAGAACAAGCACUUUGGUUUGCCGAGACGUUUGGCCAUAAACUUAGCUCGGUCAAAUUCAAUGAUGACGAGGGGGUAUCUCAUACCAUUGAUCACACAAAAGAAGAUGGAAAGAAAUGA